AGGCUCAGUAAAAGCCAGAGCGGCGAUGACGAGGGACCCCUGAGCGACAAGUGCAGCCGCAAGACCCUCUUCUACCUGAUCGCAACGCUGAACGAAUCCUUCCGCCCAGACUACGACUUCAGCGCUGCCAAGAGCCACGAGUUCAGCCGGGAGCCGAGCCUCAACUGGGUAGGUGGGCAAAGCGCCCCGAGGCAGGGCAGGUCCCGCGCCCCCACCGUGCUGCAGCUGUCCUGGAAGAGGAGGCAGCGUGGGUCUGGUGGGGGAGCAUCUGGUUCUCCAGGGAGCCCCCCAGCGCUGCUGUGGUCCUGGGUGACCGUUCCCAGGGUGGUGUCAGCCCCCCUUCUUCCAACGUACAGUGGGGGCAGGAACGGGGCUGGCGCUGGGAGCAGGGUCCGGCACGGUGUUCCUCAUGCCUCCGCUUGCUGUUGCAGCUACAACCCCGACCUGGAUUCGGACCCUUUUGGAGAGGACGGCAGCCUCUGGUCCUUCAACUACUUCUUCUACAACAAGAGGCUGAAGAGGAUUGUCUUUUUUACCUGUCGUUCCAUCAGGUCAGGCCGCAUGGCAUCUCGGAAGUCACCCUAAAAAAAGACCA